AUGAAGGCCAUAACAGAUAUCAGUCAUUAUGACCUGUUUCGCAUUCUCGACUUUUUGAAACAAAGCUGCGAAUUGCAGAAUGCCAAUGAAUCUGUUGCUGCCAUCAAAUAUGCCGACAUCUUUAACUUUGCCGUUACGUGUGCGAGGUUCAAGAGAAUCGUUUGGGAUUGGUCGCGAUCGAUGUACGACCAGUUGGAAAUCGAUCUGCUGCACGUAGUUCCGCACAAACAUUUGACCGUCAAGUUUAUGGAGAUUCAUAAAACCCUAAAGAGAGCCACAAAGCAAAAGAGAGACCGGUACAUGGACCUAUAUAUCAGGGCAAUGAUGGGGAACCCUCUGCUUAACUCCGUUGAACUGAGCUUCAACACCGAGGAAUAUGUUCGUGAACACGAGAGUAUUUUCGAAGAAAUUUUAAAUGGACUGCAGGGCAAAGCAGAGCGUGUGGUUUUGGAUCCGGACAGAGUUCCGAAAUUCAAGGAUUUCAUCUUUGCAGGUCAUGAGAUUCGAGGUCUUGGGCUUUUUCGCAAUAUAGUCAAGCUGAGCCUAACAUCAUCCUUUGAAAUGUUUGAUCUGGUUGAGUUCUGCUCCAGAAAUCCUUCACUGGUCACCCUAGAAGUCAACGCAAGUCAGUUUUCCGACCAUGGAAAGUUAACUCAAAUUGUUGGCCAUUGCCCAAACUUGAAACAACUGAAAUUCCUGCUGAGUACCAAUAUAGGGGAUAAUGGUUAUGUCAGGCUCUCACUUUUGGACAAGCUGCAGAAAUUGGAAAUCGGUUGGAAGCCAGUGGAAACAGAGGUCAAUUUCCUGAUGCCAACCUUUGAUAAUGAAGGUGAAGAAGUCAUGUUGAAGGAAUGGCAUUCGACACAGACUUUCGAAAUGGAUGAGGGUCUCACAACAAAACGUCAGAGAAUGGACUAUGAAUAUGAACCUCCAGUCGCAGAAGUUCCGUAUUUUGAGCAACCCAUUUCCGUGCUCCAACUUCUAAAAGCCUUUAGCGAGAAAAAAAAGUCAAAACUAAUCCAAUUGUGCUUAAAGUUCGAUGUUGAUGACGAAAUGGUGCAGGUCAUUUCGAAAAUUAAAGGCCUUAGAAUGUUAGAGUGUGGACUUUGUGACCCCAAAAGUAUUGUGCACCUUAAGAGCCACCCAAACCUUACGAGAGUGAGCAUUCGUAAUAAGGGACACUUUGUUACUGAAGAUAUUGCAGAUUUACUAAAAAAACAAGUUACCGUCUCAAGUGAUGAUUCAAAAUUGUUUUUAUCUCCCCGGGGUCACCUAACUAUUUGCUCAAAGAAUGCGGAAAUCUAUCGGUUGGUGAACUUCGAACCUUUCCUAAGACUUGACAACCUUAAAAGUCUUGGAUUAUCUGCUAAAAUGAUCGUAUUAAUGGCAUCAGUGCUACAUUUAUUUUUGGAGCGCGGAGUGAAGAUCAAGAGCGAAGCUUGUAAUAUAACCCUAGAUCCCGAAACUCGCAGUCUGAAAAUCAUUUACGACAAUGACUACUUAGGUGAAGAACUGCCUUUGCCAAUGGUAAAAAAUGUGCGCCAUUUCCGAUAUUUAUCUGUUAAUAUGCCAACUUCUCGCUUGCUUCUUAGUUUAUCCACUCUGAACUUCAAAACGCUGCAAGAAUUAUAUAUCAGUACACCGUUUACAACAUUUAAAGUAUCUGAAGAUAAGUACCUCAACCAAACCGUGGUUAAGUCCUUGGUCACCCUAAGCUGCUUGAGAAAAAUCUCUUGCGGAUAUCAGAAGUUGAAAGACAUUCAGUUCUUGGGUCAGCUGAAGGAUCUGGAAAUCAUCGAGGUUUUAUCAGAGCACCACCCAAAAAAUGUGAACUUUCCAAGAUUCCUAGCUCCCAUUUUGAAGAACUGUCACAAAUUAAAUUCCUUUCAAGUCAAUGUUCCCGCCAAUGCAAUAACAAAGAAGUUUUUAAAUAGCCUUCAUUAUGCGGUUGUGGCCAAUAGAGAUAGAGACUUGAACCUAAUUCUUUGCUUAAUGUGGAGAGAAGCAGAGGCACAGAUGGAAACAGCUUUAACUUUAAACGAGAAACAGAAAACAUUGAUCGAUAAACCAUACCAGCUUAUGAAGUUGAGAAUAAAAUAUGUUGAAAAGGAAUACUUCUUUGAUUAA